UUCGCUGGUAUUUCUUUACUUUUAUUAAUUCGUUUGUUAUCAGUGAAAUUUUUAAAGUUUAAGGACAGGAUGGUAUAAGAUAAGAAUAAACUCGGAUUACACAUUGUAAACAUUGGGUCUUUCGCUUGCACUUUUUCACAAUAAUAUGGAGACUAAAUAUAAUUUUGUUUGAUUGUAUUAAGUAAUUCAAAGGGGAUUAUUCUUCAUAAGUGUGUUUGAAGACAUUUUUAUUAGAAUAAAGUGUUUUAAUGAAUAUAGUUAUAAAUAUUAUUUCUAACAUUUAUUUACCUGGUGGUGUAAGUGCAGUGGUUUUGAGUCGUAAAUUAAGUGCAAUGCAAACUAAUAAAUUUCGUUUACAUGUUUGAAAAGUAAAUAAGUGUCUCAAUGACUUAUCAAAUUAGUUCGAUAAGCGAUUCAAGUAUUUUGUGAUAGAUAUAUAAAAUAUAAUAUAUUCGGAUAACUUUUGGAUUUGAUACAGCACAAUGUUUUCAUCUUUGAGAAAUUCUUGCUAUUAAGCAAUCAACUGCAUGCCACGCAAUAUAUAUGCAAUUAAGUUAUGAAAGGGACAGUUCAUAUAGUAGUCUUGGGGAAGGAAAAUGUUGGAAAGACAGCGGUAGCUGUCCGAUAUUUAACCGGAAGAUAUUUGACGGAAUACGCACAUGCACCGGAAAUGACGUACGAAAGAAAUGUCAAUGUCGAUGGGAAGCAUGUUCCACUUAAAAUCACAGACAUUUCUAGAAAACAAAUUGAACAGAGAUCUGGAAACAAAGAGUUCCUGAACAAAGUAGACGGUAUACUUGUAGUAUAUGCAAUAAAUGACAGGCAUAGUUUUGAAUUUGCUGAGGGCAUUUGUGAAUGGAUACGACGAGAAAAGAAACCUUCCGCACAUGUGCCUGUUGUUUUGCUAGGGAACAAAGCAGACUUAAGUCAUAUCAGGUGUGUUAGUUGUCAUAGAACGGAAGAAUUGAAAUGGAGGCAUGAUAACUACAUGAUAACUGAGUGCUCAGCUUCUACAGAAGUUGUAGAAAUAAGCAAUGUCUUUAAUACACUUAUCAAUAGAAUCUUAGAAAGACGAGAAUCCUCACUGAGAUCACCAAGACGUCUUUCCCAGAAUCCAUUAGGUUCACCAAAAGUAAUUCGUGCAUCAAUAAAACGACGGUUUAGUGUCUUUACCAGAGAACGAACUUCAACUAUGUAAAUGUGAUAUACUUGUUAUUUGUGUACUUGGAUCUUUCUAUCUUUAUUUCGGUGUAGACAUUAUUAUGCACACCAGUAUAAGGAACACAAACAGUUAUAUGAUAAAGAAUUCGAGAAAAAGUACAGAUUUCUUGUAUGUAAAUCUUUCAGUAAUAAAUCCUUAAUUGAUAUACAUAUACAGAUUAAUGAGCCGCGCCAUGUCAAAACCAGCAUAGUGCGUUUGCGACCAGCAUAUAUAAAGACCA